CCCUUUUUUCCCGCCAAAAAAAAUCAUAACCCCCCAAUUCCUACAGAGAUGCAAAUCAUAAUAUUUGUUUAAAAGUAUUAUUUUAAUUAUGGAUAGAUUGAGAAAAAAUAAACACUUUUUAUUUAUAAAUAUUUCCUUUUCCCUUUCUCUCCCUUCUCUCUUUCUUACUUUCUUUUUUCUAUUAUUUAAUAAUAUAAAACAUGAUGCUGGGUGAAGAACAAGCUGCUUCAAAGAUAUUUCCUUGUCCACAAUGUCCUAAGUGUAAUAAAGAAAAAAAAAAAAGAUAUAUAUUAUGCAACUCACCUUUGUUUAUUAAUUAGUAUUUGCCACCCGCUCCAAUCUGUAAGAACCCAAAAAAAAAAAUAUAGAAGGCAUUCUCCUUAAUAAUUAUAAAUAGGAAACGACACAUGGAAAACCCUAAUAUCCACAAUAUACCCUAUGUAAGAAGUCGUGAUCAAAAGCGAUGGAAAGGGCAUGCAAAGAAGGUGAUAUCUAAAGAAGAGACAACAGAGAGCAAUAACGAUCGAAUGCGCAAGUGGAGAGCAGAGAACAGAGAAAAGAAUAGACAGAAUGAUCUUCGAUGCAGAGUAUAUCGUCUAGCGCGUCAAAAGUUUGGAGAACACGAUUCACCUGAAAAACAAGGAUUUGUAAGAGAAGAGAUUGCACGAAGACUAGGAAGACGUAUGAUGCUGGAACGUAAAGCAUCCAAUUUGAGUCAACAGCAAUAUCAAUCAUAUCAAAAUAAACAACAACAAACUGAUUUAAUAGAGCUACCAUUCUACAGUGGAUUACAACAAAAGAUCGAAUUACCUUCUAUUCAUCAAAUGACACGUUACAGUAACAGUUAUUCACCACAGUUACCUGACCUAUCCCCUAAUCUACAACGUCGUACUAGUAGCAGUAGCUCUUCAACAAGCAGUAAUAGUAGUGUAUGCAGUAAUAGUGAACAACUCAGUGAUCGUAUCUUGCCUUCGAUGCAUACAUUCUUAUCCUACGCUGAUAAACAGGAAGGCAUAAAAUAUGUUGAUUCAAGUAAAAUUUUAGAUGAAUUUGUUGGUGUUGUUCUGAAUUAUGUUGACAAUACACCUUAAAUUCCAUUCUCCCCCUUUUGAAAUACUUUUAUAUGUAUACCUUUUUAUUUAUUUAUAAUAAAAACUUUUAUUUUUUCCUGUGUGUUUCCAAAAUAAAC